CAGCUCUGCGGCCUCAUGAGUGAGAGAGUGAACUACGCUGCUGAUGACUCCAAGGGAGGGGCCCUGGACAUGUGCUGCAGUGAGAGGCUGCCGGGUCUCCCCCAGCCGGUAGGGAUGGAGGCGCUGGACGAGGCCAAAGGGCUCCCAGACCCACAGAGAGAGAUGCCACCGCCACCGCCACCUCCACCGCCCUCAGAGCCAGCUCAGAAACCACCACCUCGAGGAGCCUGGAGCCACUCCCUCACUGUCAGGAGCAGCCUGUGUCUGCUUGCCGCCUCACAGUUCCUGCUUGCCUGCGGGGUGCUCUGGUUCACCGGAUACGGCCCCAUCUGGUCACAGAAUGCCACACACCUCAUCUCUUCCUUGCUCACACUCAUGGAACAGCUGGUCCUGAGACCCAUGGCCUGGCUGGGAGUUGGGACCUGGGGAGUCCCCAGUCUGCUGCUUGUCUCCCUGUCUGUGGGCCUGGUCCUCGGCACCACUCUGGUGUGGCACCUCCUGAAGGGCCCCCCAGAGCCACCCACCCCACUGCCCCCUGAGGACAGACGCCAGUCGGUGAGCCGCCAGCCCUCCUUUACCUACUCGGAGUGGAUGGAGGAGAAGGUUGAGGAUGACUUCCUGGACCUGGACGCUGUCCCCGAGACACCUGUGUUUGACUGCGUGAUGGACAUCAAGCCUGAGGCCGACCCUACCUCAUUAACCGUCAAGUCCAUGGGUCUGCAGGAGAGGAGGGGCUCCAAUGUCUCUCUGACCCUGGACAUGUGCACCCCGGGCUGCAACGAGGAGGGCUUCGGCUACAUCAUGUCCCCACGCGAGGAAUCUGCCCGCGAGUACCUGCUGAGCGCCUCCCGCGUCCUCCAAGCUAAGGAGCUUCAUGAAAAGGCCCUGGAUCCCUUCCUGCUGCAGGCAGAAUUUUUCGAAAUCCCCAUGAACUUUGUGGAUCCAAAAGAGUACGAUAUCCCCGGGCUGGUGCGGAAGAACCGGUAUAAAACCAUCCUUCCCAACCCUCACAGCAGAGUGUGCCUGACCUCACCAGACCCCGAUGACCCCCUGAGUUCCUACAUCAAUGCCAACUACAUCCGGGGCUACGGUGGGGAGGAGAAGGUGUACAUCGCCACUCAGGGACCCAUUGUCAGCACGGUGGGCGACUUCUGGCGCAUGGUGUGGCAGGAGCACACACCCAUCAUCGUCAUGAUCACCAAUAUUGAGGAGAUGAAUGAGAAGUGCACCGAGUACUGGCCGGAGGAGCAGGUGGUGUACGAUGGUGUUGAGAUCACGGUGCGAAAAGUCAUUCACACUGAGGAUUACCGGCUGCGACUCAUCUCCCUCAGGAGCGGGACCGAAGAGCGAGGCCUGAAACACUACUGGUUCACAUCCUGGCCUGACCAGAAGACCCCAGACCGGGCCCCCCCUCUACUGCACCUGGUGCGAGAGGUAGAGGAGGCAGCCCAGCAGGAGGGGCCCCGCUGCGCCCCUGUCAUCGUCCACUGCAGCGCGGGAAUUGGGAGGACCGGCUGCUUCAUUGCCACCAGCAUCUGCUGUCAGCAGCUGCGGCACGAGGGCGUGGUGGACAUCCUGAAGACCACAUGCCAGCUCCGUCAGGACAGGGGCGGCAUGAUCCAGACGUGUGAGCAGUACCAGUUUGUGCACCAUGUCAUGAGCCUCUACGAGAAGCAGCUGUCCCGCCACGCCCAGGAGUGACCCCCUCCUCCACAGAGGUCCUCUGGGCCCUCCACAUACACGCAAGGCCCUGCCUUAGGCCCUGGGCCUGCUCCCCAGUCCCCCUUCCUCCCGCUUCCUUCUCUUCAGACUGUCCCCUCCCUCCUUUGUCACCUCGGCCUGGCCCCUGCCCCCCAGCAUAGCUCUUCCUACUGUAAAUAUUGGGGAGUCGGGGAGGGUGGGGGAGGAAGGUGCCAGGCCAGGCCUGGGGCCCCAGGGCCUGACCCACACCGUGCAGACCUGGGGCUUCAGUUUUUAACGAUGGUUUCACUGCUACUUGAUCCAAAACAUUUGCGUGCUGCACUCCAGGUGUCCUGCCACAGCGUGUUUUGUCUGUCCAUCCAUCUCUGCUGUCUGUACCGGACACUGUGUCUCCUCAGCCCGGGAGAGGGGUGAUGAGCCCCCAGCCCCUAAGCAGCCCAGGCAGAGGUGCCUGCCUCGGGCCACCACCCCCACUUCUUUCAACAGGCAGAUGUCCUUUCGUCCCCAGUUAUCUGGAUAAGGUGGAGCCCUUCAGAGGGGCUCCUGAAGACCUGGAGGUCAGGCAUGGCAUGCCCCUGAGGGCUUGGCAGAGAGAUGUCUACUGGGAGAGGGGUUCUUUGGGUUGUGGGGGGUAUCACAGCCAGGGGAGGUUUGUGAAAGUGGUGGCCUCUGGGUAUCAGAUGCCCUCGGGAGGCAGUGACAGCCUGUGAGGCAUUGGGGAAGGAAGGGGACAGAUUGGGAGGUGUGAACCCAGAACCUGGGCCAUGGUGGGGGAGCGGGAGCUCUGAGGAUGGGGUGGGGACUUGGCCCCAGAUCUGUGUGAAACAUUUGUCCAUGUCACUAUGGGAAAGCUUUCCCAAAAGUCUUGCUGCGUGUAGCUAUGCGUGUGUGUUGAGAGCCCAUCAACAGGGCAUGCAUGACUCUUUGGCAACGUGUUAUCUUGGAGCCACGUGUUUUUAUUGCUGACUUUAAAUAUUUAUUCCACGGCAGACAGAGACAUUUGGUGUCUUUUUAUAAUUCGCUCGUGGUCAUUGAAUAGAGCAAUAAACGGAGCAUUUUGAGCAAAACAAGC